UCAACGACGAGCGCUGUUCGCGAGCGGAAUUCCAGCUGCCGCAGAAAUAGAACAAAACAAAGACGAAAAAACAAAAAUCAAAAAAAAAAGUAAAAAAAAAAAUUAACACAAAUUAGAGCUAUGUAAAAGUCCGAAAACGAACCGAAAAUUGGUCAAGUGUCGCCGGCGGUGGGGCAAUAAAGUGAAAUAAAAUAUUCAGGGCAUCACAGAUGCCGCGAUGACGGAGCCAAUUAGUGCGGCGGUGCAGCGGCGACGUCAACUGCUGAGCAGCGUUGAAAGUUUGCGCGGUCGUGUUCGUCAAGUGCUGAAAUGUGUUAUUAAUCUGCAUAUUGAGUUUUUGGUGCUCGAGUCCGAUGUAGCGGCUCUCCUGGAUGAGGUGCGGGAAUUCAACGAUGACCACGAAGAGAUGUUGCGUCUGGACAGGAUGAUCGAGACUCUGAGGGACUACAGUGGACCCACGAUAUGCCACGAGUGGCCCUAUCCCCUCAUCUUCAAGGGCACAAUCGACGAGGCCCACGUCGCACAAAUACUCAAUGCCAGUGAGCGGGAGCUGGAGGAGGAGUUGGUGAAGGUGUCUGGCGGGAGGGGCUGCAUCCAGCUGGAAUCCGACAUGGUCACAGCUCAAAGGAGGUCGAAAAUGCUGUGGUUCUCCAGGCGGAGCAGCAGGAAACGAGCUGAACGCUCAAAGGAAAUCCAUCCAGCUGUUUAAAUGGCACUCUACGAGUACAACUAGUCCGAAUUAAAUGUGAACAAAAAAAUAUAUAAAGAUGAUUUUGUAACUGGAAUCUGCCAUUAAAAUAAACAUUUUCAGCUUUUAUAAUACAAAAAUAAAUAAAACUUGUUAAAUAAAAUUGAAUACAUUAACUAAACUCAGUUAAUCAUCUAAUUUGAACUUCUUAAGAAAUGAAUGUGUGUUAAAAUCUAUAGUAUUUAUAAAAAAAAACAAAGAAAGACGAAGAUGUUUAUAAAAGACUGCGUUAAGAAUUGCAUUAUCCUGACACUGAUAAGUCAUCUUAUAGUUAAGUAAUAGAUUUCUUGCUAACAGUUUUUCACAAACACUUAUCUUUAAGAUUUAGCUUAUUGCCAAGUUUCCUUUGAGAAAGAACAGACGACUUGCCUUAUCAAAAAAUAAAAUUACUCAUUAUCUAUCUAAGAA